AUGUGUCUGACCGGAGCUCUAACUGUGGGGCUGGUGCGCCAAUGUCAGACCAUUCACGGACGAGAUCGAACCUGCAUCCCCCCGCGACUCCCCCCGGAGUGGGUCACCACGCUCUUCUUUAUCAUCAUGGGCAUCAUCUCCCUCACGGUCACCUGCGGCCUGCUGGUGGCCUCGCACUGGCGUCGAGAAGCCACGAAGUACGCAAGGUGGAUCGCCUUCACAGGAAUGAUCUUGUUUUGUAUGGCCGCCCUCAUAUUCCCAAUAGGAUUCUACAUCAAUGAAGUAGGGGGACAACCAUACAAAUUACCCAACAACACAGUGGUGGGCUCCUCUUAUGUACUGUUCGUGCUCUCCAUCUUCUUCACAAUAGUGGGGCUCCUGUUUGCGGGAAAAGUCUGUCUUCCUGGCUGAGGGGACGUUCGCAGCAGGGACAGCUGGGGUGUUCAAAGUGAGACGGAAAGAAACGGCACUCAUCGAGAAGGGCCAACGACAGGGGGUGGUGGUAUAUGGUAAUAACUCAUUAAACUGCGAAACUAAACAGACAAUUACUGCACACACUACAUACGAGUGCUCCCCUCCGCCCAACCCAAGCUUUGUUAAACCCGUGCUGUCUUUAUGUUGCGCCUUUGAGUUUCAACCCAAAGGAUCAAGGCUUUGGAGUACACGCAGGCCCGUCCGGAAAGGACAGAGCACAUCCACAGUGACUGCUUUCAGUACUACUU